UGCUAAACGCGAAGAGCAAAAGAGGCCAGAAGAGUCCAGCGAAUAUCAGCCGACCUGCGGUCACCAGCCGCGCCGCCGCCUGCCGUCCAGGUUCCUGUAUCAGCCCGUCGGCUCCACCGCUCUAGCUGUCCAGGCGUGAGGCGACCAGGCAGUCCAACACUCCGCCCUCCAGCUCCACUGCUCCAGCUCCACCGCUCCAGCUCCACCACUCCAGCUCCACCGCUCCAGCUCCACCACUCCAGCUCCACCGCUCCAACCUCCACUCUCCACCCCUCCUGGCAUGCAACACCAAUGCUAUAUCUUUUUUCAAACCAUGUUACUAUGCUUUAGAAAGUCCCCAGAACAUCAGCCGGCGACCAGAAAACCAAAAUCCAGAGGUUCAGAACUUCAGCCGACACAACUUCAGAACCUUAGUCCUGCGCCUACCUCACCUCCACCCUAUGCUGGUGCGCCUUCCGCCGAAGACCAGAAAAUCAAAACCUGCAGGUCCAAACCACCGUGUGUGAGCUAGACGCGCGCCGGAUGCUCUCGCAGCCUACUCACGCGCCGGCGCGUGAAGGCGUAUUUCUGGCCGGAGCUUCGACCGGAGACCAUCACCAUACUCGCCGGAGUGUCCUCUAGUGAUAUCCAGAUGAUAAAGGAGUUAAUGUUGAGAAAAAAGUCAAAGAGUUUCGCCCAGUCCUGACAAACAUGAAGGCCCUGUCUUAGUCAACACAACUUCUGGAAGAGUAAUCGGUUCCUGAGCCUCUCAUGUUUUCAAUUGCCAAUCCUGUAACCACAAAAGCUGACUUGGAAACCUAUUUGGAAGAACGUUUUAGAAACAUACAAUAAAACUUCUAAUGGAAAGCAGCAUUGGAAGUACAACUGACAGCAGAGAGUGGACGGCUGAGGAUGCCAUUGCUGGAAAUGCAGAGGCAGUCCGUGCUCUUCGGGAACUCAUUACGUAUCCACUCCUGUAUUCUCAAGAGUCUCAAAAGCUUGGCCUCAAAUGGCCUCGUGGCUUGUUGCUCUAUGGUCCACCCGGUACCGGAAAGACAAGUUUGGUUCGAGCAGUUGUUCAAGAAUGUGGAGCACAUUUGACUGUUAUUAGCCCACACAGUGUCCAUAGAGCAUAUGCUGGAGAAAGCGAGAGAAUUUUGAGGGAAGCAUUUGCAAAAGCAUCAUCUCAUGCAAAGCUUGGGAAGCCAUCCGUUAUCUUCUUAGACGAAAUUGAUGUACUAUGCCCUCGUCGUGAUUCUAGAAGAGAACAAGAUGUACGUGUAGCUUCUCAGCUCUUUAUGUUGAUGGACUCUAAUAAGUCCGUUUCAACAUCUGGAUUACAUGUUGUUGUUGUGGCAUCAACUAAUAGGGUAGACACACUCGACCCGGCUUUAAGAAGGUCUGGGCGUUUCGAUGCUGAGAUUGAAGUCACAACCCCUAAUGAAGAUGAACGCUUCCAUAUCCUCAAUCUUUACACUAAGAAACUUCCAUUGGACCCCAGUGUUGACCUGCAGUCAAUCGCCGCCUCUUGUAAUGGCUAUGUUGGGGCAGAUUUAGAAGCUUUAUGCCGCGAAGCUACUAUGUCUGCUGUCAGACGAUCUUCAGAAUUAGAUCAAGCAGAUUGCUCUUGGAACAUAACACUGGACGACUGGAGGCAUGCCAAAUCUAUUGUUGGUCCUAGUAUAACAAGAGGUGUAGUUGUGGAAAUUCCAAAGGUUUCUUGGGAGGAUAUUGGAGGACUGCAAGGCAUAAAGAAAAAGCUACAACAAGCUGUAGAGUGGCCGUUAAGGCAUUCUGAAGCAUUUGCGCGGUUGGGAGUAUCACCUGUUCGUGGCAUCCUUCUUCAUGGACCUCCAGGGUGCUCUAAAACCACCCUUGCAAAAGCUGCUGCUCAUGCUGCACAGGCUUCUUUUUUUUCCUUGAGUGGUGCAGAAUUGUAUUCGAUGUAUGUCGGUGAAGGUGAAGCUUUGUUGCGCAAUACAUUUCGAAGAGCUCGACUUGCAGCACCAAGCAUUAUUUUCUUUGAUGAAGCUGAUGUCAUUGCUGCCAAACGUGGUGGAAGUUCUAGCGGAAGCAGCCUUGUUGGGGAGAGACUUCUGUCUACUCUUUUGACUGAAAUGGAUGGCCUGGAGCAAGUGAAGGGGAUUCUUGUUUUGGCUGCAACCAAUCGCCCUCAGGCAAUUGAUAAUGCACUUAUGCGACCUGGGCGCUUCGAUCUGGUUCUCUAUGUACCGCCACCAGAUUUAGAAGCUCGAUAUGAGAUCCUUCGUGUGCAUACGCGUAACAUGAAGUUAGAUGCUGAUGUUGACAUUAGGCAAGUAGCUGAGAACACGGAUCUCUACACAGGGGCAGAGUUGGAAGGACUGUGCAGAGAAGCUGGAAUUGUUGCUUUAAGAGAAGAUAUUUCAGCCACUGUUGUGUGUGAUCGACACUUCCAAACCGUCAGGCAGUCACUAAAGCCAUUACUCACCCAGGGAGAAAUGGAAUCAUAUUCCUCGUUUGUGAAGGAGGAGAGGGAGAAGAAUCCAUCUCUGUGUUCUAGUACACUUGAAUCCUCCAGCUACAAUCAGAGCAGCAAAAAAAAUCUGCAUCUUUUGAUGAGUCCUGCUCUUAGAAUCUGUAUUUUUAGUGUAGUUUUGUAUGUCGCUGCAAUUUAUGCGUUCACACCG